UAACAGCUUUAAUCCUCUAAAAUGUUUCCUCCAAGGUUUGGGAUGUUGUCUGUUGGACUUGCACAGAGCAUCCGUGGAUGACCGCAUUCUACGCAUGCGCUUUCCGUCCCUAUCCACAUAGCGAGAUCCUUUUCCUCGUAAAUUUCCCGGGUUAGGACAGAAAAAAAAAAUAAUUGAAAGUAUUUUUACCCCCUCUUCAUUGAGUGAAACGGAAAGGUUUGCAUCUCGGCUACAUCCCUCGCGCCAGAUAAACCUGAGCUUCGAAAACAUGUUUUCUCAAGGCGCUUUUUCACCGAACGUGUGCUGAAAUGCAGCUUGUGGAGCAUGGGUACAACUGCCAGUGCCGCACCACAGCCUAUUACUUUAGCGUCACCACUUGAGAGUGUCCACGGCAACGGGAUGGCUGACAGCAGGCAGUCUCUUAACAUGACCCCCUUCCAGACACUCAGCAUUCACAACAACAAGGCCAAGUCCAUUAUCACCAACAAAGUUGCACCUGUCGUCAUCACAUACAACUGCAGACAGGAAUUUCAGAUUCACGAUGAGAUCCUCAAGGCCAACUACAAAGUCGGUCGGAUAUCCGACUCUAUGCCCGAGCACUACCUGGUGCAGGGAGAGUACUUCAUGGUCCAAGAUGUAUACAGCAAAGCAGAUGUCCUAAACACCACGGGCAGCUACGGGGCGCCAAACUUCCGCCAAGUAAAGGGAUCCUAUCCGCUGUAUGGGAUGGGUCAGCCCAGCCUGAAUGGCUUCAAACAGGUUCUCCAGAGACUCCAGGCACAAGGACAAGAGGAGAUUAUAUUCUUCUGUGUAAGAGAGGAGCCGGUGGUGUUCCUCCACAAGGACGACGACUUUGUGCCGUACACCCCAAGGAGGAAGGAAAAUCUACACGAGAACCUUCAUGGACUGGAAAGGGAAGAGAUGGUGGAAAACCUGGAGCUCACCAUCAGGAACGAGCUACACGACUUUGCCAAGCUCAGCGAAAACAUCUUCUAUGUCUACAAUGACAUUGAGUUCUUCAAAGACGAGCCACAAAAGAUACCCAUCACGUGUGAGGAGGACAUCCAUGUGACCGAAGAGGUCUAUAAGAGGCCGAUGUUCACUAUGCCGACUUACAGGUACUACAGGUUACCACUACCAAUGGAGGGAGCGCCAUUGGAAGAAGACUUUGAUGCAUUUGUGAACAUUCUCAGGGAGAGCCCCAGCUUGUCUCUGGGCCAUGAUGCGUCCCGGCAGCUGCCUACACUGCUCUUCAGCUGCCAGGUGGGGGUCGGCCGCACCAACCUAGCCAUGAUCCUGGGCACACUUGUCAUGAAUCGCCUCAGGGGGAAUUCUCAACUUCCAUCACAGAUUGAGGAGGCACCUCCUUCAGAGCCGAGACCACUAUUCCAGGUCAUCCACUCUCUGAUCAACAAGCUUCCUAAUGGACAGCAGGUCAUGGAAGAGGUUGACCAGGCUAUUAGCCUGUGUUCAGAAAUGCACAACAUAAAAGAAGCAAUGUAUGAAAACAAGACUAAGCUGGAAGGGAUUGGAGAAGAUUAUCAAAUUCAGGGAAGCAGUACCAAAGACUACUUUCUCAGCAGAACCAUGCAGAGUUUGGAGCGCUACUUCUACUUAAUAGUAUUUAAUGCCUACCUUCAUGAACAGUAUCCUUUUGCCUUUGUGUCUAACUUCAGUCAGUGGAUGUGCAGCCACACCUGGCUGUACAGGUUAUUGGCCUGCAUGGAUCUGUCAGAGCUGUCGGCUCCGCCUGAGCUGGUCACCAGAGGAGCUCGUGUCCUGGUUGCUGAUGAGUACUUGGCUCCCGACGUGCUCAGCACAGUCAAAGAGAUGAAGGCGGCCAACUUCAGACGAGUGCCCAAGAUGCCUGUUUAUGGAAUGGCUCAGCCCACAUCAGAGGCUACCGGAGCAGUUUUGGCCCAUCUGACAGAUGAAAAGAGGAAGCAUAGCCACGUGUUGUGGGUCAACCUCCAGGAGGAGUUGGUGCUCGAGGGAAAUGGGCAGAUUUUCUCUCCAAGGGAACCUUCAAACCUUGACCAGCACAUAUCUAUCCCAACAUGUGACCCACAGCUGUUAGAGAAAUUGGAGAUGUCCCUGAAGGAGGAGCUUCUACGAGCUCAGAAAUGGCUGGAGGUAACGCUGGAGCGGGAGAAACAGAUGAAGAUGUUUAAAAGCUGCUCCACAGUUCAGGAGAUCUUCAACAAGCACAAAAGCUCCCACCAGGGGCUUGUGUACAAACACAUCCCUCUGCCAGACUGUAGUGCACCCAGGGAGGAGGAUUUUGACAAACUUUUGGAGGCCAUGAAGAGUGCUUUGGCAGAGAAUUCCCACUCUGCCUUUGUAUUUAAUUGCUCUAAUGGCAAAGGCAGGACCACGACCGCUAUGAUUGUUGCUGUUUUGACUCUCUGGCACUUCAAUGGUUUUCCUGAGUUUGCUGAUGAUGAAAUUGUUAGUGUUCCUGACGCCAAGUACACAAAAGGAGAAUUUGAGGUUGUGAUGCAGCUGGUUCGUCUUCUGCCCGAUGGUCACAGGAUGAAGAGGGAGGUGGACUUGGCGCUGGAUUCUGUCAGCGAGACCAUGACACCCAUGCACUAUCAUCUGAGAGAGAUGAUUAUCAGCUCUUACAGACAGAUCAAAACUGAUAAGAAAGAGAAGGAGUGUCAGCAGCUGCUGCUGAGGAGCUUGCAGUACCUGGAGCGCUACAUUUACCUCAUCCUCUUCAACACAUACCUGCAUCUGGAGAAGAAAAACUCUUGGCAGCGCUCUUUCACUCAGUGGAUGGAACAGGUGGCUGCCAGAGCUGGGGUUUAUGACAUCCUCAACCAGCUGGGCUUCUCCGAGUUUGAAGACCCGAGGGACACGCCACUGGCCAGGCUGCGCUGCCGUUGGCAACAGCAAAACAUUCAGUCACUUCCUUUCCGAGGGGAGUUCAUCUGAGAGAGGAUCACUGUGAAUGCACCAAAACAGUACUGUGCUUUUCAGAAAAGAGACAUUCACAAUAACAUUGAUAAGCCUUCACAAUUUUUCUCUGUAUUAUCCAUACCUUCACCACAUCUUUUGUUUUUAAUUUUGCUUUUUGUUCUUUUUUACUCAUCCGUGUUUAUAACAGUUUGUUUUAAUGUCAAGUCUUUUCAACGUUUUGCUGAUGUAUUAGAAGUAAUUUUUUUCCUUCUUUGUGCCUUUUAUAAAUCAACGAUAGACAGAAUUUUAGAGUACUAAUUUCCUUUUUAAUCACAGUCUUUGCUUGUGCCAGCCUUUUAAAUCUUGUCUUUCAAUUAGACAAGAGUUAAAAGUCGCUGCGAAGGAGAGAGACAAAUUCCACUCUGUCAGCCAACAAUUUUAGUUGCGUGUCACAACUGUUUGCUGUUGUGUGACCUGAUAUUUUUCUUGAGUGCUGACCUUUUCCUCUCAACACAGCUAUUAUAAGUGGUCGUGCUUUUCUUUAGAAGAGUCCCUGUGUACAUAUUAAGACUGUUAUUUAAGUACCGAUGCGUCCUUGAGGUUUCUAAACCUUAUGAGAGUGGGAGAGGGUGAUUUUGGGAGGAAUGUUAAACGAGAUGCUGUUAUUCCAAUUUUGUUUUUCUUAGACGUAAUGGCAGUUCUGUGUCACUCUGUUGUACCUGUUUCUUUUUUUUUAACAUGUAAUUACAUGCAGGUACUAGCAUUUUAGAAUUUUUCAUGUUAGAUUUCUGUUGCAUUUCUGUUGCAUGUCAGAGUUGUGUUGCUUAUGAUUUUAAACUCUUUAAAUGGUAAUAUAACCUUUUCUAUAUUUCUGUUGGGUUCCACUAAAGAAGAUUAUGAGUAAAAGAAAGACAAACAUAUUUCUUUUUAUCUUUUGGUAUUAUUUACACUCCUGUCUCUUAUAGAGCCUUCUUUUUAAAACCCCCUUUUUUUAUUGGCCAGCUUUCAGAAGCCUUCCCAUGGGCAGCACCCAGGUUAAUUUACCAUAUUAUUUGAAACAUCCACAUUUAAUAUGAGCAUCCAAUAAUGGAACAUCAUAAAUGAUUGAGAGGGAAGAAAAAUCCCCAUGAAUGUAAUUUAAGAAACCAGAAAUAUAUUUUUCUACUCUCUAAAUAUACAAACAAUGCAGCACUGAUGCUGGCAUUCUGAGCGUAGGAUUGUGUGUGUACUGGUAGUUGCAGCUAAUGUAGCCUCAAGCUUUUGGUCUUCAGUAGAGCUCAGCGGUAAGCUAGAAAGUCUGAUGGUGUUCCCUUUGAAUCAGCUCAGCUCACCAGUCUGUCAACAGGAAUUAAAAUUAUACAUCCAAGUGUAAAUUUAAUGGCUGGAAACAGCCUGGCCUGCAAAGAUUUGGAGUGUAACUUGGUAUAAGAAACACAUGGAACCAAUUAAUGAGGGUUACAUUUUUUCUUAUAUAACUUUUAUAUUGGUGACAUCAGUAAAAAUAAAUGCUCCAUGAUACACAGAUCUGAAAAAAGUUUUGCAUUGUGACCCAAACCCUAAUCAUUUGAUUUUUUACUGAAGUCAUGCAAGUUAGUGUUACAUGUGUCCACAUCUAUGGAGUAACAUUCACUGUAUGGUGUUCUUUAAAGCACUUUUAUAAUUUGAGUAUUUUGUUAUUCCUUAGUUUGCCAAUGUGCAUUUUGUUGCAAAAUAACUUGUAACUCAAGACGUGCUUUAACUCGGAGUCCUGCCUUAUCACCAGAAAAACUACCCAGAAAAAUAAAAAACAAGCUUUUUUACAGAAGCCUCCAACUUCUGUGUGUUCAAAGUCUGUUGUGUAUCAAAUAAUAGAUUCAGGGUAAAGUGAACAAAAAGAUGCAACGACUGAAAAUGAGAUGUUAGAGGAUUUGGUGUAUACCCAUAUUUGUUUGUCUUGAUGAUGCUGUGAGGUUGUGAUCAUACCCUAAUGGCUUAGCUGCCUUCCUAAUUUAACAUUUUUUUCUUCAUAGAGGUAUUGUGUUAUUUUACUGACUGUAUGUGCCAUUUAUUUUCUUAUAUGGAAGCUAAAAUAAAUAACAGAUUUAACUGUC